AUGCAGAUGAUCUACAGCUCAGUCGCAUUCGCUCUGCUCAAUGCACAGCAGAGCAGAACUGUCAAGGAAAGAGCAGAAAACCCCCUUUGCACCGCGAAGAUUUUCUCAGAGAAUCGCAAAAAUGAAACUCCAAAACGCAACCGACAGAGCUCUGGAUCACAACAUCACCACCACAAUCCCCAUACUGACCCACCUCCCCUCACAGUACCAAACAACCCCGCUCAACUCGUCCGCCGCCAAGACGGCACACCCACCUCCGCCCUCCUAACCUCAGCCGAAACCGGCGUCUUCACAGUACCCGGCGCAGGUUCCUACGAAGUAACCUACCUCUCCAACGCCUACGACGUAGCCGGCCACGUAUUGACCGUCGGAGGUGGUGACGCAUUAGUCGGAGGCGUGAUUGUGACAGCAGCGAGCUCAGGGUUUGUGGCAAACGGUCAGAUUGUGGAAUUGGCUCCGAUAACUUCGAGUACGAGUAGUACGCUUGCGGCGGCGCAGACGACUGAGACGACAAGUCGGACGAAAAGUGUUGGAACUCCGACGGUUACUGCUUCGGAGACGAGUAGUGCGGGAGGGGCGAUGGUGACUGGUCGAAUCGGUGCGGCGGUGCUGGGUGAUGGAGAGAGGAGACGAGAUGUGCUGUUCUUGUCUUUUUUUUUCCUGUUGUGCGCGCUGAUGACCUGGGAAGAAAGAGAGUUAGACCACAGCGCGAAUGUUAGAGUCAAUCGUCAGCAGGAAUGGAGAAUAUGA